CAUUGGCUCACAAAGAGCCAAUCAAUAACGGAACUCCUGCUUAGAGCUUUUUGGACUCCUGUCUGGAGUUUCAUACUUGAGGAGAAACGCAAGAGAGGGCAGCAACUCCUUAAACCUGACCGUGCGCUCGUACGCAUUACAUGUAGUUGUGUGCGAUUCUGUCAAGAAGUUUGGGCUUCUCCUGCCAGGAUGUACACGACGGGACUCAAUCCGUUUUACGCGUCGAACUUUAGCCUUUGGACCGCGUACUGCUCGGGCGGUUUUGGGGUGGACAGCAUGAAGAAGCCGUCGUUCUGCAUCGCUGAUAUUCUUCACGUUGGAGAUGCGGAGAACAUCCCCGGCUCGUCUUCGCUUAUGGCGCACAUCGGGGCCCGGGCGCAGGUUCAUUCGUCGGGAUCCCCGUUGCGCCCGUCUCCGGUCACUCCAACCGCGUAUCACAGGCAUGGAAUACACUUGACAUCCAGAGCCGCGAUGAACGCGCAAUCCGCGCCCCCGCCUUCGAGUAAAGACCUCAAGUUUGGAAUCGAUCGGAUAUUAUCCACAGACUUCGAGCCCAAGGGAAAAGAUUCACCGUCUUUACGAGAUCUCACAUCGAUUGUUAGUCCGAAUCGGCAGUCAGCAGUCCAUGUGUCUGCCAGCCCGUACUUCGCGUCCAUAGACCCGACCAUGAGCGAAACCUCCUCCAUGAUGGGUUCAAUAGGCAAUGCCGCCAGGCAAUCAGGGCAACAUCAGUUUCAAGACACCUUCCCAGGGCCGUAUGCGGUGCUUUCUAAAGACACAAUGCCACAGACGUACAAGAGGAAAAGGUCGUGGUCCAGAGCCGUGUUCUCCAACCUCCAGCGGAAAGGCCUGGAGAAACGCUUUGAAAUCCAAAAGUACGUCACGAAACCGGACAGAAAACAGCUGGCUGCGAUGCUGGGCCUCACCGACGCACAGGUUAAAGUUUGGUUCCAGAACCGACGGAUGAAAUGGAGGCAUUCCAAAGAAGCGCAGGCGCAGAAGGACAAGGAGAAGGAACAGCCGGAUAAAUCCGCGACCGAGUCCGAACCGAAGGAACGCGAGGAUUCCGAAUGCGAAAGCGAACCGAGCGAGUCCGAAUUCGAGGACGGGCCGGAGGACAAAAGCGACGUGGACAUUUCUGACCUCAACAAAGCCAGUGUGAUUAUUCCCGGAGCUCUGCACGACACAUCCAGCACAAACUCCACGACAGAGCCGAGCACGGGCGCACAAACGCCGCUGUGAGGAUCCGCCUCAUAUACCGCGCCGUUAACGCGUCUUACGGGACAGAGACAUUGAAAAGAGCACAAACACACGAACGGGCCUACUUGAGCCAUCGUUUCAUUGUGAAACAGACCUUUAUGACCUUUGAGAGAGAGAGAGAGGAAACCAGCGCUCUGCCUUAAACGAACCACUCGACCUUCAUAUGACGAUUUUGGGAAUUGAAUGUUCAUGAAUUAAGACGUUGAUAAACUUGAUUGUAUUAUAUUUUGUCUGUAAGUAUUUGCACUGAAAAUGUAAAUAAACGUUUGUUACUAAUA